AUGACGCCCAUCGCCACAGCAUUGACGCACGCCGUGGCCGGCCUGCGCUACCCCAUUGUCGUCGGCCCCAUGGCCAAUGCAGCGGGCGGUGCGCUCGCCGGCGCAGUCUCCCGCGCAGGCGCGCUGGGUUUCAUCGGCGCGGGCUACUUUACCGAAGCGAAACUUGAGGCGGAGGUCGCCGAGGCGCGCGCCGUGCUCGGCGAGGCGCGCGAUGCGCGCCUCGGCGUCGGCAUUGGGUUCCUCGUGUGGAAACUGCAAGAAGCGCCCCAAGCAGCACGCGGCUUGCUCGACAGCGCGCUUGCUCAUCGCCCCUGCGCCCUGUGGCUCUCGUUUGGCGAUGCAGACGCAACGGCGGCGUGGGCGGCGUACGUGCGCGAGCGCGACGCAGCGGUGCGUGGCACACUCGACCCGAUCCGCCUCUUUUACACUGCGUGCACGCUCCACGAGGCCCAGUGCAUUGCAGAGACGGGGGACGCCGACGUGCUCGUCCUGCAGGGCCACGAAGCCGGCGGGCACGGCAGCGAAGCUUCGCCCUCGCGCGACAACUUUCUCGCGUCUGUGCUGCGCGCGCGCAGUACAUGGAGCGUGCCGAAACAGCCUGUGCUCCUCACUGCGGGCGGCAUGUGCACGGGCAAUGCCGUCGCUGCGCAGCUCGCAUUCGGAGCGGACGGCGCGGUACUCGGCACGCGCUUUUUACCCACGCACGAAUCCAUGUACACCGACGCACAGAAACAGUGCGUGUUGCGUGCUACAGAGAAAGAUACGCUGCGCAGCCUCGCGUUCGAUGAGGCGCGCAACACGCUCGGCUGGCCCACCGGCGUGGACGGCCGCGGCUUGCGGAAUGCUACCGUGGCAGACUAUGAAGCUGCGCUGCGCACGCACAGCGCGCCGGGAGCUGUCCCGGGAGCUGCUGCGCGCCAGCAGCGAUACAAAGAAGCGGUCAUCCAAGGCGAUACCGACCGGAUCAUCACCUGGGCCGGCACGGGUGUCGGCCAGGUGCAUGCCCUUUCGUCCGCGGCCGACGCCGUAGAUGCGGUGGCCCAAGCGCUGGUCGCGUCGCUGCGCCGCGUGGCGCAUAUUGUCACGUAG